AAGAUUCUAUCCCAGCGGAUGAAUAAUCAGCAAUCCUGAUGGAAUAUUUUCAGCGGUUAUCCAAGUGAAGUCAGUCGGUGACCAAAACUGAAAUCCACCAAAUCUCUACAAGUCAAGGCGUGAAAAUAUAUUUUCCAAGUUAAAAAUCUUAGCAAAUAUUCUUAUUACCUCGUUUGUGUUUUCCUGUUGUUGUUUUUAACAGUUUUAACUUCAACGCUUUCCCUGCUGCUGGUCUGCACUAGGUGUGAUUAUGAAUAUGAAGAUAGUAGAAGUUUUGAAAUCGAUGUGGAUGACGGUAUCUUCCUAAUAGAUCGUCAACCAUUUCAGUUUGUCUCUGGAAGCUUGUAUUAUCAUCGUGUACCGUAUAUUUAUUGGGCAGAGAAAGUGACAGAAAUGCUGAAUUUAGGCAUCAAUGUUGUUUACAGUCCUAUCCCAUGGAAUUAUCAUUGUCAAGAUUAUGACAACUGUUCUUUUGAGGACAAUAGAAAUAUUGAACAAUUUUUAUCAAUAUUAUCAGACAUGAAUAUGUUGGCUGUAUUGAAGAUUGGUCCAUAUACUGAAGAUAAAAUACAGUUAGGAGGACUUCCACCGUGGCUGUUUUAUCUAAAUGAAAGUAUGACCUUGCGUUCAUCUGAUGAAGGAUUUGUCGGUGAAGUCGAUCGAUGGUACAGUAUGCUAUUGCCUAAAUUAAAACCGUUUCUUUAUGAAAAUAAUGGACCAAUAAUAAUGAUACAGAUAGAAGAAAACUAUGGUGCAUAUGAUGAAUACGAUCCACAGUAUUUAUUGUUUCUAAGAGAUCAAGUUCGACUGCAUUUAGGCGAAUCUGUAAUAAUAUCAACAUCAGAUGACUACUGGUCUGUACUUGAUAAACAAGACAAUUUACCGUAUGAUGGAAUACUUAUGACAUACUUCGCAGAUUGGAAAACCACAUCAGGACCAAUAUUUUCGAAGGAGGCUUUUGAUGUACUAGACGUAUUACAGCCAAAUAAACCUUGGAUUUUUUCUUUACAAAUUGUAUGUGACUAUAAAGAGAAUCAUUUCUGUAAAACGGAUCUGGCAAAAAGUAAAGUAAUUGAAUCACUGACUCAGUUAUACGAUUGGUCAUCACGCAUAAAUAUAAACGUGUGUUUAAUUUUUACUGGUAUCACUUAUGAAUUUUGGAAUGAUACAACAAACUAUGCCAGUAAUCCACUUGAUAAUCCAACCGUAUCUGACAUACUAACUGGAUUCUUAUCUGAAACUUCAAGUUUACAAGAGAAGCAUGAGAAAUAUGAGAAAAGUGAUGACUUAUCUUGUGAAAAAGUGAAACUGCUAAAGUUAGAUCACUUACUUUUUUCAAAUUCUGAGCCUGUUGCGUCAGAAAUCCCUGCGCCAAUGGAGUAUUUUGGUCAAUAUCAAGGGUUUUCCAUAUACUCCACAGAUAGUGAACAUUUAAAAAGUAGUGAUGUUGGUGAGUUGAAAUUCGAUGGUAUUGGAGGAGAAGGCUUCGUAUACACAUGGAGUGAAACAGACGGCUAUAUUUAUCAUGGAACUAUACAUAAAUAUACAAAGUCAGCAGCGAUUAACAUGAAAACACAUUCACCAGCAGAAAUUUUAUUAAUUUUAGUAGAAAAUACUGGAUACAAUACAAUAUUUGAUGGAAAACACAAUCAGCUGAAAGGUCUUUCAGGUUCUGUUUACUUUAAUGACAACGAAUUAAUCAAUUGGUCAUUUUUGCCUGUAAAACAUCCAUUUAUUGAUAUGCAAAAUAUGAGUCAACCGCUGACAGAAACAGAUAUGAAUAUCCCUGGUGUCAUUUACACAUCAUUUAUCUAUAUUGAAAAUGAAGAGAAACUGACUGAUCUAUUCAUUGAAUAUGACGCUUUCUUUGAUGGGAUUAUUUACGUGAAUGAUAAUUAUGUGGAUUUAAUACGGCCAACGUUAACGCGUGAAAUAAAUUAUACUGCAUAUAUUCCUAAAACUUAUUUACAUGUAGGUAAUAAUACUAUUUCACUUGCUACAGUUGAAAAUUUGAACAAUGAACAAUUGAUUGUGUGUAGAAAAAAUUAAAUGGAAAAAAUUGAGGUAUUUUAUUUUUAAAAAAUAAAUUUAUUUGUAAUGAAAUAUUGUUACAUUAUUGUUCUCUUGGGUUCCGAAUAAAAAAUAAG